AUGGCUGCGCUGGUCCAAACAUAUCCUCAGCAAAGUGGAACAGUGACAUUGCUUCAAACCAAACCCAGCCCAGCUUCUGGAAUCAUGCCAACACCAUCAGGAGCCCAGCCCAAUCAGGCCUACAUAAGCAACCCGCAGCGGACAGGUUAUCACAGCAUGUCUGGCAGCAUAUCGGGGGGACCAAACGUCUAUCGUGGCAACACAUCGGCCCCAGUUCAACCAUAUGCUUUCACAGCUACGCCCGGUUUGGUUAAUGGUGGACAAUGGCAACAAUAUGGGGCCUAUCGUUCUUCAUCAAAUGUACCCAAUAUGCAAAUGGUGGACCCGAAUGCUGCGGCACGUCCUCGCUAUCCAGCAAACCAGUCCAAUCCUCCAGGCAACGCUAAUAAUGCCCAUCCGACAAGAGCUCAGGACGACCUCCGGGCCGCCGCAUCGGGGCCUCGGCCACAGUUAGCACCUUUGAAUCUAUCGUCUAAUCAACCGACAUUCGCACAGGUUGCCGCUGCAAAAGCAUCGCCUGAGCGGUAUAGACGACCAUCUCCAAAGCACACAGAUUCAUCACCAAGUAUUUUACAGACACCGAAACCACCACAAGGUUCGGCGACGCCAUCAGGUUCUGGGAUGGCUACCGUUGUUCAUCUUUACAAUCCGCGGACCAUGCCAGAACAAAAAGCCAAAGCAUCUAGAAAUUCUGUAGGAUUCGCCAACAGGCCGCAUAAUACUUAUGCUACUAUGGAUGACAUGCAACUGUACCGACAUCCCACCGAGGAAGAAGCGAAGAGGUUUCGACGGCGCAGCAUCCACUCAAUCAAUUCUUCCGAUUAUCCCAGCCCCCUGACCCCGCAGGACUUCAAGCAAGCGGAGGAAUCAUUCCGCCCAGAUGGACUAUCCAUCUCAAAGAAGCAGGGUGGUUCAAGUUCAGAUAAGGAUCAGAAAAAUGUUAUUCGAAAUGCAACUAACCUUCCUGCUCCCGAGCCUGUGGAGAAAAAUGCAAUGCAUGCUAAGAAUGGCAGUUCUGAGAGUGUUAAUUCAAGUGGAAGCAGUAAUUCCAGGCCGCCUUCGUCUACCAAUCGAAACUCCAAUGCAUCUGCCCCCACGGUAAGCCCCGCCUCAACCUCCUCCACUUCUGGGGACAAGAAGUCUGGGCAGGAUCAAUCGAAGCCGGUGAAUAUACCGCCUCGCGCCUCAUCAUCUACUGAUGUCGGGAAGCGAACCAUCAACCCAUCACCAUUAUCCAAACCGGUAGCCAUGGGUCCCGGGUCUGCAUCCGAUGACUCGGCGUCGCCCGCCAACGUUCCGGAAUCAACUGCACCUAAAACAUCGACGCCCUCUGCGAGUGCAGUAGCAGAUAGUCCUGCGGCCAAGCAGCUGGCCGCGAUUAACGAGAAAGGGGGAAAGUCAAAGACUAAGACGUCGCGACUGCGACGAGCCUUUUCUUUUGGGAGCGCUGCCGAACUUCGGAAGGCUGCUGGACAAGAUGUCGGGUCCGACUUCGCUAAGACGGCGCAAAAUGACCCUACGAAGCUGCACAAGGAUCCUAGGGCUGAGGAUAUUUUUGAGGAGGAACAGGCGCGGAUUGCGCAGAAGCAGGAGGAGGCCGGAAUUGGUAGCAGCAUCUACUCUGGCACUAAACUAUUUACGGGGUCAACCGACAACCUAUCGAUUUCUUCGACGGCAUCCUCAGCGUCGAUUAUGCUCCGCAAGAUGGGUCGCGGGAUGAAGAAGGGCGGGAGAUCGUUGGUUGGAUUGUUCCGACCUAAAUCAAUUAUCGGAUCAGUAAGCGAAGAUCUCAAGGCACCCGAGGCCUCGGCAGCUGAAGUAUCCAUGGUUACGGUGGAAGCUGAGCGAGAUAUGCGUUUUCAGCAAGGCAGUGCCACCGGGCUGCCGCAUUUAGAGUUCAAGCCGAUGGAUUCUACUAAUUUAGCAGAUAGCUUUUCGGCUGAUCGUCUCGGGAGCUCGGGCACAGACAACUCGGGUGCGAGAAAGAGUAUUGUUGGUGGUGAAAGGGAGAGAGCUGAGGUACUUGCUACCAUACGAAAAGGCAUUUUAAAGACUCGCAGCAACUCCCCAAGUCCAUCCCCUCGUGCGCCUGAGAUUAGAGGUCCCGCCUUCGACCUCCCCGCGAUACCUACCAUCUCCGACUCACCUAACUCGACCGCCCCAAGCACGCCGAAUGAUGACGUCCAGAUCCAUAAACGAAACGACUCGGUUACUAUUGGCAAUGAAGAUUACUUUGUCUCGGCGCUCCGCCUACGUCAGGACACGAAGAGUGCUCCAACCACGCCCCAGGGUGGCUCCAGCAAGCGAAAUGCUACUUUCAGCCCACGGAUUGUCUUUCACGACACGUGGCCAAGUGGAGAGUAUGACCGGCGCGGUGAGAUUGCGACGUGCAAUCGCCUGACGCCAAUGCUCGCUCAGCAGAUCAAGGAGGAGCUGAACACCUUCAAAAUGGAAAUGGAAGUUCACGAGACGUCCAAGAUUUAUACGCAAUUUUUUUAA